CUGACCAUCAUCAUUAUCAUCCACACAAUAGCAUACCACACCAUACCCCUGCCCUAAUCACUAAAUAAAUAAAUACUAAGAGUAUCCACAGUGGAUGUGUUUGUGAGUGUGCUAGUGUCGGUGGUUAAACUUUUAGCAAGCCAGUCACUUUUUGUCUCACAAUGGAAGUGUUAAGGGCAACGUUAGGGAUAAAAAAUAGUGUCAGAUGCUAAAUUGUGUGUUAACUGCAACCAGCAUUCUAGCCAGCGAGAGAGAAAAGAGAAAGAGAAAGAGAGAGGGGGACACUGGGGUUGUGCAAUAGGGUCGUCCGGCCGGACGUCCGGAUCCUUACUGUUCUGGGCCUGUUUUGCAAGGUUGAAUUUGGUUUGGGAUGAUGCAUGUUUAACACUCUGAUGAAGCUCCAAACUCUCAGGUUUCAUGAAGAUCUCACUAUAGUCAGGACAAGAACAGUGGAAGCAGAAGAAGAAGAGUUAGAAGACACUAAAAAUGAAGCCCCAUUUAGUUCACUCAGAGGAGCUUUCAUGGAUCUACUGGAGCAACCAAUAUGGUUGUUAAUUGAAUUUGAACCACCCAUUGAUGCUCUAUUUUUGUUGUUGUCUUCUAAGGAUGAUGAUGAUGGUGGUUCUGGCAUGUGCAUCACCUUUGUGUUGUUGCAAAACAAUGUCCACACAAAGUUGACAAGACAAAGCUGGAUUGGUAGAGAGGGUCACAUGGGUCUGAUUAUUGGCAUUUCUGGUGGUAUUAGUGCCACGUGCAGAGUUGUUGAUAUUACAAUGGCCCGCAUAAAUAAAACAUACAGUGCGUCAUUAAAGCAUUGAUAGCAGGCAUUUGGCGUAUUGAUGGUGUUUGGAUUGGUACGUAGUGACCUUUAAAUCACAGGAACCAUUCAUAAUUGAUGAGCCAUGGAAGGACUUCGUGCAACAUAGUCCAAAUAGUGUCAGUACAAUAAAUGUAAAUGGAUUAUAGGGAGGAAAAGUUUGGUUUUGGACAUUUGAACAUGGGGGUGUCGAUGGCACAUGUGAAGUUACUGGACUUGGGAAUACCUUGUAUAAAAAUGUUUCCAAUUAUUGAUGACUAGAUUUGGAAGAUCAACAUUUUAAAUGUUGGUGAGCUUUCAUGGUAUAAUACUAGUUGGACUAUCAUGUCUCGUCAGCAUUUUUCUAGUAGUCCAAAUGGUAUCAAUGCAACAAAAUCUCAAUAAGACAUUUUAUGAGGCCAAUUGUCCAUGCCAGAUUUCUCAAAAUUUUGAAAUGUGCCAACUAUAUGGAUGUUUUAUGGCCAUGCUCUCAUCUCUGCCAUCAAACUUUGUCGUAAUUCUACCUUUUUUGACUAUUGUGUUCUGUGGACCCAAUGCACAAGACUUGUGGGAAUCUAGAUGACAUGUAAUUCAAAAUUCUGGAAAAUUAAGAAUGAUUGCUUACUAUUAUAAUGCAUAGUAAUGGACCUUUGUUGUAUUGAAACAAUUUGGACCAUGAACCCUUCUUUUAUAAUGCUCCAAGUUGUGGGAACAGGAUGCAUGCUAACCAACAUCUUGUAAGGAGCAUCUUGAAUGUAUAAUUUUUCAGAAAUUUGAAACAUUAGGAGAUCUAAUGCAUCAAUAUUUUGUCAUACAUGUUUUAAGCAAACAAAUAUAGUAAAAUGUAAAAGAGUUUUUGGUUUCACAUGACCAUGGGUCUUUGUAAUAGUCAGUAUGACAUUUUUUACUUAUGGCAAGUUAAUAUAAAGUUUAUGAACUUGACUAAAACAUACACAUCAUACUCGUAGUUCAAUGUAUUUUGCCUCCUUGCUAUGUUUUCUUCAUUAGUUAUUGAAGUCUCCUUAUUGUCCUAUCUAUCACGUUUGGCAUACAAGGAAAAAUGAAGAGAAGACGAAAGGCUUCAGGCAGAAGAUUUGUUUUUAACAACAGAGGCAGUAGUGAAGAGAUGCAAUACUAUAAUGGUAGAUGAAAGUGUCAACGGACGAGAUAGGCCUAGAUUAAUGUUGGCUAGCAUUGUAAAUAGAGAUAUGGAUCUACUUAAUUUGACUAACGAAAUGGCCUUUGAUAGGGUCACGUAGAGAAGAAGGAUUCAUGUAGCCUACCCCAUUUGAUGGGACUUAAGGCUUGGUUUGGUUUGGUUUACCAGUGACCCAUGUUGAUUUUAACUUGUAGUAUCUUUUGUGAAAUAUGUAAGGCCUGCUAAAAAUAGGUAUUCAUGGUAUUACGAUGUCAGAUGUUCAAGGCUUUGGUACCUAAGGUGGUUUGACAGAACGGCAGGCAGGUAAGUGCUUGACUUGUUGAGGUCCUAAAUGAUUCUAUAUUUAAUUUCCAUUUCUUAUCCCUUUUCUUAUUUUCUUCCCCCCCAAGUCAUUUACAUUUUCAAUUACUUCCAAAAAGUAGACUUAAAUGAAUUUAUUUACACCUCUUCCCUUUUUUGUGAUGUAGAACGAAAAAAUGUUUAACAUGAUUCCCUUGCCUUCAUCUUUAUCCACCACAGGCUCUGAAUUUUGCGAAGACAAGUUCUUAGCUAAAGUUAAGAUGGAGAUUGUGGUGAAAAAAGAUCAGGUAUAAAAAAAAAUUUGAAAGCUCUAAGAGAACUCUCAAGUGGUUUUGUGAUCUAUAAGCUGAAACUAAUUUGAUUUCCUCUUCCCUUUUGUACCUGUGAAGUUUCUUUACAAGUUACCGCUUAGUGAAAAUACAGUUUUGUUGUGUAUAUUACUCACGCAGAACCUCACUGCAUAU